CCUGUCUUCCCCACACAACUUGAAAUACUGCUGAAGGAGUACGAUGCUAAAACCUAGGGGGUUUCUAUUUAUUAGAAAUGUUCUGCUAACAAUACAAACCUCCAGACGGCUCGCUAAAUUGCUGGACAGUUCACCCAUUCGAGAUGCCCUCACCAACGCCGGCUUCGACUUUGAAGAACCGUCCGCAGCCGUUCCUCCUCCUAAGCUCACGAAGAAGAAACUUCGAAAGACAGCCACCGAGCUUCAGAAAUCAUUCAAUCACAUUCUCAGCACCAGCACAAUUGUACCAACCUCGCAGCCCGAGCAAGUCAAAAGACGCAAGCUCAUGAGUUUUCGAUCGCAAGCAGUCAAAACGAUGACAGAGCCCGAAUUUCUCAGGCUUCUACAGCGACUUAAUCGAAAUAAAGAUUACGUAGGAGUCUUUCAGGCGUGUCGCGCGUUUCAGCGGUACGCAAAGGGGCUCUCCCCACAGGUGUAUCGGGAGAUUCUCGCGACACUCCCGUACAUCUCGCGCAGUCCACAUCCCGAAUAUGCUACUUUGAUGAGGGAACGGCUUCUAGAAUUCGCCUAUAAUAUUGUCAUUGAGCUCGCCAUAGCUGCACCGCAGCACAUCACCAACGACCUCUUCCUUCCGCUUCUCAAGGUCCUCGACAGCAGGACUUGCAACUGGGCCAGCAUCCAGAACUUUGACUCAUUUCUAGAGCAGCUUGAUCGCAUCAUCCACAACUCUCAUGUCCAGCCCAUAGGACUAGACUUCUACGUGCUUCUGAAGAACGCGCACCUCUUGUUCUUUAAAGCUUCUAGGCAGUACGAACAAGCGGUGGACUACUUGUUCCAGGAGCUAGUGGACGGUCAGGCCCCCUUGGUGCUUCUCCCGUCAACAAUAGUGGACCUUAUACAAGCGUCUAUCGGUAAGAAGGAUUAUUCUCGUUCUGUGAGACUCUUUGAGCUAGCUCAAGGCUCUGGAGUCACCGUUCCAGACAGAGUCUGGCACGACAGCUUCAGUGCUGGGUUGGAUAAUCUCAGCUUUGUUAUCGUCAAAUACAUCUACGACUGUCAGAUCAAGAAUUCCACCGGGGGUGUCUUUUCGGGGGUUCUCAGCGUCCUGGCCUACGGCCGAAUGUUAGAGCUAUUCAGCAAGAACCAAGAGGUGGAUGCCACCAUCGACUUAGUGGAGCACAUCACCACCUCCCACCGACGUGACUAUGAAACAGACGAAGAUGUGUUUCUCUCGCGCGCCAAUGCCCGCUAUAUCAUUGAUAGCUACUGCCAUCGGAAUUUCAGGCUCUCCGAGAUCUGGACCAUCGUAGAGGCGUUCCUCCUUCAAGACAGUGCGUACACUCACAACGAACUCACCAUAGAUGACUUGGACACCGUUGUGAGGAGCUUCCGUUUGUACGACUAUCAGAACAGACACCGCGAGUUGUACAGCUUACAGAUGAUUGACGGCAUGAUCGAAGAAACGUUCCAUUCCAUCCGCCUGGAGAAGAGUAUGCGCUUGUUUGUGCAGGUAGUGCUCCGGAUUCUCCAUCAGUCGGUCAACUUAUCGGGUUUUAUCUACGGUUUUGCCAAGCUCCAGUCGUUGCUCCUGAACCCUGACGCAAAGGCGUCCAUGGACAUUUUGUACCACCCAGAUAACUUACGAGUGUUGUUCCACAAAAUAGGCAUGAGCAAUGCCUCUAAACUUUCAGGGUACUACUUGUUUAAGCUUUGCUUGAAAAAUGGCAUUGUCGUUUCCCCUGAAAUGUACCAGGGCUUGUUACGGUCACAGAUGGUAGGUAAACCUAACUGGCGGUUUAUCUUCAUGUACCUUUAUGAGUACUUGAAAGCCUUCGGAACGCCCUUGUCCCAUGAGAUGUUUAGCACCAUGGAAACAUUGAUUAAGGUCACAAACAACCAGAGCUUAGCUCAGUUACUUGAAGAUUUAAGCAAGUCUACCAUUCUCCAAGAAAGCCCCGUGGUUUUGAAGACCGCCUUUAUGAAUAUUAACCAAUAUUACACUCGCGACUCCACGUUGGUCACCAAGGAUAUUGACCUGGUGGAUUUUAUGAACAUCGUAAACUCCUCCGAAAGGGUGACAGAGUCAGCUUUCCUCAACGAUUUCAUUCCAGCGCAGUACCGCGGGAAGGUUGAGUUCCCGGUGAAAACUGUCUUUGGGAAACUCUACCAUUAUGUAUAUAGAUUCAAAUGAGAUGAUAAAGGAUAAGUGUAUCGAAAUCACAGGUUAGACGGGUUGAUUUUUUGUAGAAGCACAAAGUUGGGAUACACGAUUUGACAUUUAAACUAACAGCCGAAUGGUUAAAAAUGAUGACCACGAGAUAGCGC